AUGGACGAAUUCUGCGUUCGUCUCCUCUCCUACUUCGACCGCGGCAUGGACGGCAAGCCCGGCCGCUGGCCUCACUCGCUUCCCUCUCCCGAGGACAUGGCAGGCGCUAGCUAUCGCUUCGAAGGCAACCGGGAAGUCGGAGGCGACAUCGUCGUCUGCGAUUUCUGUACCAUGCAAGCGUGGGCGUGGGAGCGCAAGGACGAUCCGUUCGCUCAACACAUGGAGUCCAAGAGUUGUGAAUACGUUGACAGCGAAGUGUUCCGAGACCAUCACGACAAGUUCCUUCAGAAGCAGGGCGAGAACAAGAAGAUGGACGACUUGAUGCUCACGCCUCCUGCUACGCCAACCAAGAAGCUCUACAAGCCGCGCCGGAAGUUGCGCUUGUCCCCCAUCGUGACUGUAUUCGAUAGCAUGCCUACCGAGGAAGCCGACGCCAAGGCCGUCAACAAUAGCAAGCCUGUCGAGAUCGCGGUUUCUGCUGGAGAGACCAAGAUCUUGAUCAAGAUUACUGAUGGCGGCGAGCGUGCUGCCAAGAGAAUCCGUCUCGAGUGA